AUGCGGCUGGAGAGACCGCCCGCGCAACUCCACCCAAGCUCGACGCCAACACCACCUCACCCUCUACCAUCCCCCGUCAAAUGCCCCGAUCAUAGCAUAAUGCGGCUUCAAGUGGUAUUUUCCAUUGCCGCGUGCUUGUCGCCUGUGGCGGCUAUCUAUGCUGAUGAGGUCAAUCACAUUGACUUCCAUCACGCCCUCCUUGGUGCCCCCUCCCUCGACUCAACAUUCUUCCUGAAGCCCUCCUCCUCCUCCAACGCCUCGCUUCUCUAUACGAUUUCCGAGAAAUCAAUCGUUGGUGCUGUGAACCCUCGUGAUGGCUCAUUGAUCUGGCGCCAAGACUUAAGUCGAUCCGGCUCUUCGCCCGCUGGUCCAGCCAUCCUUCGUGGACUGGAUGGGAAUAACGCGGUGGUCAGCGCCGUUGGGGACUCUGUCGCCUCAUGGAGUGCCCAAGAUGGCAAAUUGGUUUGGGAAUCCCGACUUCACGAUGGCGUCGUGGCGGAUCUUGAGCUACUCGAGCUACAGGAUGCCAGCGCAAGCUCUAAUACAAGAGAUGUGAUUGUGCUGACCUCCAACAACGGUGCCGGGGUGAUGAGGCGGCUCGAUGGUGACUUGGGAAAGAUUAAAUGGGAACACAAAGACACCAGCGGUGAUAUCCCCUUCCAAGUGUCCUCCUCCCCAACAGAAGUCUUCUACAUUUCCCUCCAACCCGCCCUGUUGAAGGGCUACAGAAUCAAAGUGACUGCUCUCGACCCAAUCACCGGUCGCCAAUCUCGCCAUGUGAUUUUGAAUUCCGAGGGUGAUGUGACUGGCCAGGAAUCGGUCUUCUUCGUCGGUGCCAAUACCGCCUCUCCCCUAAUUGCCUGGGCAGACAAGUCGUUGAAAUCCCUCAAAGUCAAUGUGAUUGGCACGAAGCAUAUCAACACUCUGGCAAUCGACAAUGCCUCCGGUCUUGAGAUUGAGAAAAUUACGGUCCAUGCUCCUCAAAAGCUGAACUCGCUCGCUCAUUUCCUGGUCCACUACAAGACACAGACUGGUGCCUGGGCAGAGGUCUACCAUGUGGACAUGAAGUCCUCCGUUGUGACCAAAGCCUACAAUCUUCCAUACCUCCAAGGCCAGUCGGUCAUUGCCACGAACAACAUCAACGCCAACGUUUACUUCACCCGGGUGACUGAUACAGAGGCUCUCGUUGUCUCUUCCGCGUCUCACGGAAUCUUGGGUCGUUGGAAGGCCGAUGUGGCCACGAGCGACCCAAUACUGCACGCAGUUGCAGACGUUGUUACUAAGGGCAAGACGGUCGCCGUGCGCUCAGCCAUUGUCCACGAGUCUGGAGACUGGUCUUUGAUCCGCAAUGGUCAGACUGAGUGGACUCGCCCAGAGGCCUUGGUUCACACACUGGCUGCUGCAUGGGCUGAAGACGAGGACUUGGAAGAUCUUGCCCAUGAACUUGAAAUUGAAGGUCACGAAACUCUUCUUGGCGCCUAUGUCCACCGUGUGAAGCGUCACCUUCGUGAUCUCCAACACUUCCCCGAGUGGGUCAAGGACCUUCCCAAACGUAUCAUCACUAGUAUCCUCAGUGAUGAAGUUUCCAAUCUUGAUAGCUUCGGUGUUGCACAGUCUGUGAUCUUGGCUACCAAAAAGGGGCGUAUUUACGCACUGGACACCGGUCGUCAUGGUGUCAUCAAGUGGAGCAUCCAAGCUGAGAAGACUGCUCACUGGGACGUCAAGGCCGUUCUCACGAACCCUGGCUUAGCCGAGGUCUAUCUUGGUGAUGGCAGCUCAGUGCGUGUGAACAGCACCACUGGAAAAAUUCUCGCGCGGUCUUCUCCAACGGAUGUCAAGCUAGCAACCGUUGCCACCAUCAACCAACAGACUGGCUUGGCGGUGUCCCAAAACCGUGCUGUCGGCAUUCGUGAGGAUGGAUCUCCGGUCGCACCUCUCGGAGCCCUGGAUGGAUUUUUGGUAACUACAAGCCAAGAUGGCCGUCUUCUUGGCUGGGUUGAAACAGACAGCAAGUCACCUGUUUGGGACUUCGUUCCUCCCGCGGGUCAAAGGGUUGUCAAGGCUGUGAGCCGCCCCUCGCAUGACCCUGUUGCAUCAAUUGGCAAGGUUCUUGGCGAUCGGUCUGUUCUGUACAAGUACCUCAAUCCCAACUUGGUUUUAGUGACUGCCGUGAAUGAGCAAGAUCACACCGCAGGCUUCUAUCUCCUUGACGGAGUUUCAGGCAAGGUUCUGUACUCGGUGAGCCGUGCUGGUGUUGACCCAACCCAACCCAUCACGUCUGCCAUUUCUGAAAACUGGUUCGCUUAUUCCUUCUUCGGAGAUGCCGUCGGCGAAUCCUCUGCCAAGGGCUACCAGCUAGUUGUGUCAGAGCUCUACGAGUCACCCAUUGCAAAUGAUCGUGGUCCUCUUGGCUCAGCUGGAAACUACUCCAGUCUUCACAACGGGCGCGGUAACAGCCUUUCGCUCCCUCACGUUGUUUCGCAGUCAUUUGUCAUUGCUGAGCCUAUCUCUCACAUGGCUGUCACCCAGACCCGCCAGGGUAUCACUGUCCGACAACUCCUGUGCGUUUUACCAUCCUCCAACGCUAUCGUGGGGAUUCCUCGUCAGGUGCUGGACCCUCGGCGCCCUGUCGAUCGUGAUGCCACCUCUGCCGAGGCGGAGGAGGGAUUGUUCCGCUAUGCGCCUUUCCUUGAAUUUGAUGGGCGAUGGUACUUGACUCACUCUCGUGACGUGACGGGCAUCAAAUCAAUUCUGACCGGGUCAACUUUGUUGGAGAGUACCGGAUUGGUGUUUGCCUAUGGAGGCGACAUUUUCGGCACCCGGACUACUCCCAGCCAAGCCUUCGAUAUUCUUGGCAAGAGUUUCUCAAAGUUGCAGCUUGUUCUCACGGUCGUGGCUUUGACAGGUGGUGUGAUUUUCUUAGCCCCUCUGGCACGGGCCAAGCAAGUCAACAUGUUGUGGAAAUCUUCUUAG